GAUAUAACUGAGGAACGGCACCGCUAUUGCUCACAGUACACCUCAUACCAGCUCUUGCCUUCACACUUCUGCUACUACUACUGCUACUACUACUACUACUACUACUACUAUUACUACUACUACUACUACUACGAGGGUUAUUGCCACACGGACUGUUAUUCUUCAGCAUUCAAGUAGCAGUUUUCUGGUUGAUUCUGGUUGAUUAGUGAACGAUACAUCCAUAUAUACACACAUCCUGCCAUGAUUGACCGAGGGACAAGCCACAUCCGCAACCGGGAAGACUUAGAGCGGGCACACACCUCGCCCUCUCCCGGUCCACUUCAACCCCUGGGACAGAAAUACCUGCUGGAGAAUGGUAACUGCCACCAGCACCUUCACUACCACCACCACCAUCACCAUCAGCCGCAGCAACAACAACCACAACAACAGCAGCAAAUGCAGCAACAGUACCACCAGUAUAGCCAAUUACCACAGCAGUACAUCCUCCCACCACCGCAGCACCCACAGAUGUCGCCACCACAGCAGGCGCCACCUUCUCUACCACAGGAACCACUACAGAAAAAACUGCGAGUGUUCCCAACACAGCAACCCUCAGUGUCCCUUCCACAGCAAUCACUACAGUAUCUACCACACCAGUCACCACUGUUGAUACCACUGCCAGCGGAGCAACAGCCACAACAGCAGCAGCAACAACAACAGAGACAGUUUUCCCCACCGCACCAGUCCUUCUCACCACCACCUCCACCACGACACUCUGUAGUGCCAGAAAUGUUGUGCAACGUGAACCACCACCACCAUCAAGAACAACAGUCCCAACACCACCACCACCUCCACCACCACUACCACCAACACCACCAACAGUCCAACACCACAAAUCCUUCCACCCUUUACUCCUUCACCCAACAACCACCACGCACCAACACUAGCAGCCCAACCCAGGAGACGGAAACACAGCGGGCUCUUUCCCCUACGGCAACCCACCACCCCACCGCGAAAGACAUAGCGGCGCUGAAGGAGGAGAGAGCACGCCUUCACGAGAAGCUGGUGGAGAUGAAGGAGAGGCGGAGAUGUGUAGUAUGCCUAGACAACGAGUAUGGUGCGAUUUUCAUGCCCUGCACACAUCUGGUAACCUGCCCGUCCUGCGCCGCCACCCUCACCGCCUGCCCCUUGUGUAGAACGCCCGUGCAGUAUUUAGUGGCGGUGAAGGUCGACUGAGGGAUGCGUGAGAAGUGGCGAUGGGGAAAAAAUGGAAUGGAAAGAGGAUAUAAGAGGAUGGAUAUUCUCUGAGGUCACCGUAAGGAAAAUGACUACCAGAAGACUAUGACGGAGCAGCAGUGGAUGCAGGGAAGAAUAAAGGCGAAAAGAGGAUAAAAGGGAAGGCUGAGAGAAAAGUGUAUAAAAAAUAUAGAAAAGAAGCAACAACACAACUGGAAAAGCGCGGAAGCAGGGAGUGUGAAGGAGGAGGACAGAAAACCUUGCCAUUAACAUGCUGGAAAUAGAUCAUUACUAACACAAUGCCUAUAAUAAAAUUUAUAUGCCAUUGUUCUUAAGCGAAUAGGUGAUUAUCGUGAGUGAUUUUUAUUUAUUUUUUUUCCAUUAAACAAAUGUGUUAGGAAAAGAUACUUGCAUUAUGAAAAUGAUGGGCACGACGAUGUUUGUCAACAUUCACUCCAUUCCAUUUCUAUUCCCUGAGGGUGUUAAACUAAUACCGUGAAACACUCAGGUUGUAUGCAGAGAAUUAUUAACGAUUAAUAUUUCCUCUUCGCGCUGUACACACACACACACACACACACACACACACACACACACACACACACAGGCGCGCGCGCGCGCGCGGGCGUGCGCUUCUUUAAUAAUCUACGUAAAAUUAAGAAUCUCACAACAAACCAAUUCACUCUGUCACUCAGCCUUUGUCACUUACGCUUAACUUUUCUAUACGCAUUUUAUAAUUCCUUUUAAUAUUAAACAGGACAUCGGUGCUAAUAAAUUGUCCCGGAUAUGAAGGA